CUGGCGAUCCAUCUGGCCCGGCAGUUUGGCGGUGAGGUCAUCAACGCCGACAGCCGUCAGGUGUACGUCGGUAUGGACAUCGGGACGGCCAAACCCACCGCCGAGGAGCAGGCGGCAGCCCGCCACUAUCUGAUUGAUAUUUGUUCACCCGCAACGCCGUUCAGCCUGGGGGAGUUCAUCCCCCUGGCGGUGAAGACAAUCUCGGAAAUCGCCGGCCGCGGACAGUUACCGAUACUGUGCGGCGGAACCGGCCAGUACGUGUGGGCGCUGUUGGAAGGGUGGGAUGUGCCCAGUGUGUUGCCCGAUGCGGAGUUUCGGAAGGCAAUGGAGCAGCGGGCCCGGGCUGAGGGUGUGCAAGCGUUGUGGCUAGAGCUUCAGGAGGUCGACCCAGUUCGAGCGGAGGAAAUUGGUCCCAACAACCUGCGGCGUCUGAUUCGCGCUCUGGAAAUCCGCCGCAACUCGAACGGUGCGAUGGCAACCAACGGCAAGGCAACUUCGCCGCCGUACAACGUCCUUAUCAUCGGUCUGGAGGCGGAUCGUGCAGACCUGUACCGGCGCAUUGAUGACCGGGUGGACUGGAUGAUGGCAAACGGGCUGCUGGACGAGGCCCGGCGGCUGGCGGCGGAGGGAUACACCCUCGGGGAAGGGCCCCUGUCGGGGGUCGGCUACGACCAGCUGGGACAGUAUCUGUCGAACAACAUGACGCUGGAUGAAGCGGUGGCGCAGACCAAAACCCGCACCCAUCGCCUGGUGCGCCGCCAGAAUACCUGGUUCAAACGCGGCGACCAGCGCAUCACGUGGCUGGACACGACUGGCCGCGACCCCGCCGAGCCGGCCGCGGCGGCGGUACGGGAAUUCCUGGAGUCGUCGGGGGCGUGUGGUACAAUUGGCCGAGAUUCAGGAUGA